CACCUGACUAAAUAAAAUGAGGCCAGUGAGAAGUGAUGGGCAGGCUUGCGGUGGCCAUCUGAUGGGAAAACAAAGCGUCAAUUUGGAGCAUGCCAAAGAACUGUGGGACGAGUGGGGGAUCCACUGCCUGAUCCUUGUAAGCCUCUUCCUACAAGUCUUCCUCUUCCUCACAGCGGAUAUGCGGAGGCGGUGCGGGUCGCGCGUGAUGAUGACGAUCCUAUGGCUGGCCUACCUGUCGGCCGACACUGUGGCCAUCUUCGUGCUCGGCCACCUCGCGGUAUACGUGAGGGCCCCGAGCCACGAGCUCAUGUUCUUCUGGGCGCCGUUCGUGCUAGUCCACCUUGGGGGGCAGGACACCAUCACUGCCUUCUCGAAGCAGGACAACGAGCUGUGGAUGAGGCAUCUGCUGAGCUUGGUAUCCCAGGUGGCCAUGGCCGGGUACGUGGUGUCCAAGUCAUCUUGGCCGGACGCCCGGCUCAGGGCUGCCAUGGUGCUCAUGUUCCUCCGUGGAUUCUUCAAGUACGCUGGGCGCACCUUAUGCCUUUACUAUUCCAGUCCAAAGAGUCUCCGGGCUUCAUCCCUUGGUCAUUUGUCAGAAACGAUAAGGAGUCUGCGGGAAAAAGUGACAUCCAGAGCAAAAAUAAAAGAAAGGUUUGAAAUAAUGUUCGUUGCUGACAUGUGCUGGAAAUUUGUAGGCGAAAGUACCGAUCAUGCCUAUCCAGAUCACAUGCAGAUCAUGUCAGUGGAUGCUGUGGUCAAUGACGAGUGGCUCAUCAUAGCUGCCGACGAGCUACCGGACAUGCUGGAGGAGUUUAAGAAUCGCCCAGACCGGUGCAUAACCUAUCAGUACGUGGCCGCACUUCUGGUAGAAUCCUACAAAGCUCUAUACACCAAAACUGUGCUUCCUAUUUAUGCUUUUUAUCUUCUAGAUGUUAAAGAUCGGCACCAAAACUGUCAACUAUCCAUUAUCCUCAGCUUCCUGAUACACAUCCUCUUCAAGUAUCUGUCAACUGCCAUAGCCCUGGUGCUCUUUGCAGCUGCCGAAAAGAAGAGACACUAUAGUCAAGCGGAUAUCAUCGUGUCCUACGUAUUGCUUGUAGGAGCCAUAGUCCUUGAUCUGCUGCCUGUCUUCACGUCCAUUGUUUCCCAUACGAGAGAACCAUUCCGUCCGGGAACGGCAGGUGAAUGGGCAUGCUUGUGUCUUGCCAGCUGCCUCGCUCCUGAAGGCUGGCAAACAACAAAACAGUGGUCAGAAGAGCUAGCACAAUACAGCAUGAUAAGUAGAUACAACACUAGUAACGCAUGCAUGCCAUCCUUACGGAAAUGGACCGGUAAAUGCUUCGGUGCUUGGUGUGUCGAGUUCUUUGACACGACACGCACACCUGUUACUGAUGAUCUCAAGUUGCUCGUCCUCGACAAGUUAUUGUUGCAAGCAAGUAGACAAGAGUGGGAUAUUGCCAGCUUCCGUGGUGAGCGAGCACUUGAGAAGUGGAUGGGCAGCCAUCAAGUUCCAGAACCUGGAAGGUCAGGCUAUGCUGCACUGCACAUGAGCGUCAGCAGCAGAGUUGAAUUCCCGAGAAGUGUCCUCAUCUUGCACAUCGCAACGGACAUCUGCUACUUCUCUGAGGAUAAAGGCCGUGAUACAGAACCUGACGAAGCGAAGAAGAAGAAGAUGAUGAGCAGAGAGCUGUCUCUUUAUAUCAUGUACCUUGUGUUCAAGUGCGAUGUGAUGCUCACAAGCAUCUCCCGGAUUGCACAUGAGGAAGCUCAUGGAGGGCUCAAUUUCAUCAGUUCACGGCUUGGCGGGAUUGCACGUGAGGAGGAGGCUAUGGCUAUGGCUAUCAUGGAGGUGCUUGAGGCUAUGAAGAAAGAAGAACAGCAGCAGCAAGGCUCGAUGCAGGAGGUGGCUCACCAUGACAAGAAUGAAGAACCGGCCAGCAAGGAUGCUGCUGCUACCACCAGUCGGUCGCAGGAACUUCUGCGGUGGACGGAAGAAGCUAUGUACGCUCCAGUGCUGUCUCGUGCCCAUGCAGUGGCCCAGGAGCUAAUGGCCAUCGAUGACGAAGCUUCCCGCUGGGACCUCAUCUCGGAGGUGUGGCUGGAGGUGCUUUUCUACACGGCGCCUCGUUGCGGGGCAGCUUUCCACUACGAGCAUCUCAGCACCGGGGGGGAAUUCAUCUCUCAUGUUCUCCUUCUCAUGCGUCUUCUAGGCCCUUUUAUGCCAGAUCCUGGUGCUUAGUGACGACAAUCCGAUCAUUAUCAUACAUACAUAUAUUACAUAGUUAUUGUGUAACAAUGCUUGUAAUAAAUUCCCAAUUUUCUGUCGCUUGUACCGAAGGAAUAGACAUGCACGUGACAUUUGUGUG